AUGGGCAGAUUCACGGCCUCCAAAUACAAAAAUGGCUCACCAAAGAAGCUAAACAAAGAGGAAACAGCCUUUGGGAUACGAAUAAGCGAGCUAUGUCAAAACGACCCAAUUGCCUGCGGAGUGGACAAGGUAGUGUUCACAGGAGAGGCUGCAAGUUUGGGAGUGCUUGAUGUCGGGGAGGUGCACAUGACAAGAUUCCACCCGGUAGCAGCUAACCUGGUACUGAUAGCUGACCACACCCACCUCCGUCUCUACGAUAUCAGCACCCAGAAGCAGCUUUACUCUGAGGAGAGGAGUUGUAGUACUGUCAGCUGGAGCUAUGAUGGCAGUCUGGCUUGUGCUGCUAGUAAGAGUGGCGAGGUAUCCAUACUGGACAUCAGGAAACGGAACGCCAUUGCCACAGCAACACUGUUCGACUCCGGAAAAGACGUUAACCACGAGUGGCUGGGUGUUGAUAAACUUGUACUUGCUGGUUACAAGAACCGAGACAGAGUAUUUCAGUCGGUGGAUAUGUCAAACUUGUCGAGCGUUAUUAGCACCCUCCGGUUGGGAGCCGGCUCAGGAGUUCCUCACGUUAAGUAUGAUCAUGACACGCGGAUGCUGUUUUUGUACGCUAAGGGGGACCACGGUUUCACGUAUUGCGAAGUUGGAAAUGAGGGAACAAUAAAGGAGAACAGCAAGGAGCACUGUAAUGAUGUCAUCAAGGGAAUCACACUUGCUCCAAAGUCAACUCUUAACGUUAUGGCAGGAGAGGUAUAG